AAGGAAGAAUGGAUGUCCCCAUAUAUUGGACUACAUUUCCCAUACUAUAGUGGGCGUAUACUCGGGUGUACGCAACAACAUGUUUCUGUGGGAUCUUUUAGGUGAGCUGUGCUAAAGAAGUAGCGUUUGGCUCCGCUGAGUGGACAGCUGCUGGUCGGCAGACAGACAGGAUAACAGGGCCAGAGUGCAACAAAAGAGGUUCCCUGAAAAAACAUUUCCAUGAUCUGUAGAAAAUCAUCUCUUGGAUUUGCCUUUUGACCAGGCACAAGUCAUGUACCAGGUGGUACCGGGAGGAGCGGGGGGCACGAAUACAGAUGUUCUCCCCAAGCAGAAACACAACAGGGACACUCGACCCUUAGUUGGAGCUGGAGUAAUCGGCUUGGUGCUGGUGAUUGCAGCAGUGGCUGCGUGGUGUUAUUACAUAGCUUCUCUCCGCAAAGCUGAGCUCUUUAAGACUCAACUGCUGGAUUUGAAUAAAGAUGGCUACAUCAUUCGCAACCAGGGAGGGUCUAUUGUUUUCAGAAUGGAUUUCAGGUCAGGGACAUUGGAUUUGGAUUCCUGCACUAAAGAAGGGGAGAUUCUGAGAUGUGGAGCCACAACUGAUAGAAAACUUAAAUUCUUCAUUAAGACAGUGCAACCAAAAGACACAGUACAAUGCUACCGUGUACGCUGGGAGGAACUGGUUCCUGACAUUCCUGUUGAGCAUGCUAUGACAUACAAGUCUGCACACUGGUAUGGCGGUGCAGUAUCAGCAGCCCAGCGCUGGCCUAUUUCUCUUUCUGGCCACCAGGCUCCCAAACCCUUUGUUACUAGUGACAUCUACUCAAACCACAAUGAAUUUGGAGGAAUUUUGGAGAGUUACUGGGUUUCAUCUAAUGCUACGGCCAUCAAGAUCAACAAUUCUGUGCCCUUCCACCUGGGCUGGAAUGACACGGAGAAGACGAUGUACUUCCAGGCUCGAUACAAUGACAGUCCCUUCAAACCUAACCCAGGGGAGGCUCCGUGUGCUGAACUUAGCUACAGAGUGUGUGUAGGUUUGGACAUUACAUCCAUACACAAGUACAUGGUCCGCAGAUAUUUCAACAAACCAAACAAAGUGCCAGCCAAAGUAAUGUUUCGCCAUCCCAGUUGGUCGACUUGGGCAUUGCAUAAGACCGACAUUGACCAAGAGAAACUCUUGGCCUAUGCUGCCAACAUCCGCAAGCACAACUUCAACUGCAGCCAACUGGAAUUAGAUGACCGUUACACCAGACGCUACGGGGAUUUUGAUUUCGACCAAACAAAGUUCCCCAACGCCUCUGCCAUGUUCCAAAAACUGAAGUCAGAUGGAUUUCUGGUGUCUCUUUGGGUUCACCCUUUUAUCAACUAUGACUCUGAAAACUUCCAUUCCUGUGUAGAGAGGGGGCUGUUUGUCCGAGAGCCUACAGGCCGACUGCCAGGCUUGGUUCGCUGGUGGAAUGGAAUUGGUUCCAUUUUGGACUUUACAAAUCCAGAAGCCCGUGAGUGGUUUUCCUCCAAGUUGCGUUCAUUGCGCUCUAGGUAUGGGUUGUCCUCUUUUAAAUUUGAUGCAGGAGAAGCCAACUACUUACCGUGGCAAUUUAGCACCAGAACUCACAUCCGAGACCCAAGCUUUUUCACAAGGCGUUACACUGAAAUGGCUAUUCCAUACAAUGACAGAGCUGAGCUGCGUAGUGGCUACCAGUCCCAGAACAUAUCUUGUUUCUUCAGACCUAUUGAUAGGGACUCUGUUUGGGGCUAUGAAUUUGGCCUCAAAUCUCUUAUCCCCACAGUGCUCACCCUCAGCAUUCUGGGCUAUCAGUUCAUUCAACCAGACAUGAUCGGAGGGAAUGCCUAUCUGAACCGCACAGUUGGAAAUCGUGUAUUACCCGAUCGAGAACUCUAUAUUCGCUGGCUGGAGCUGACAGCUUUCAUGCCCUCCAUGCAGUUUUCUAUUCCGCCAUGGGAAUAUGACACUGAGGUGGUUGAAAUUGCUCGCAAAUACACAGCUCUUCAUGAGAGUAUUGUGGCACCACGAGUCCUGGAGCUCGCCGGUGAGGUGCUUGACACAGGAGACCCACUCAUACGGCCCCUAUGGUGGAUUGCCACAGGUGACGAGACAGCCUAUAAAAUCGACUCCCAGUUCCUGAUUGGAGAUGACCUCAUGGUAGCUCCGGUCUUAGAGCCUGGAAAGCAAGAGCGUGACAUCUACCUCCCCGCCGGCCACUGGAGAAGCUACAAGGGGGAGAGAUUUGAUAUCAAAAAGCCACUGCACCUUACAGACUAUCCUGUAGACCUAGAUGAAAUUGCUUACUUUCUUUGGGUGUAGCAAGAAGGAAGUGUAAAGCUAAACAGAUUUGAUUAGCUAAUUUGCCUGUGAGACAGCCUUUACAAUUUUAACUUUUAAGCUUGAGACUUUGGAGGAUUUUUUUUUUUUAUAGAAAACUUUUCUCGUAACAAAAUAUGAAGAUUUUUAAAAAGAAAUUUAAAUUUUACCACCACAUAAUAUCACAAAUAUAAAAUUGUAUCACUCAGUAAUGCUCAAAACAUCACCCUUGAUUUUAAUUGUCAUUUAAUUUAAGCUAAAGAAUGCAACAUCGUUUUCAGCCUUUUUUGUGUGGUGUAAUAGAAUGUGUUUUUUUUUAUUGACUUGAUUUGCCGCCUGAUAUCAGUGACAAUUAUGUGUCAGUGAUAAAUGGUAAAAUGUAAUGUAACGGUAGCAUAAGUACAGAGGAGUGAUAAGAUCAAAUCGACCAUUACUUACAGAGCAAUCUGAAGUUUGCUAACAUUAUUUACAAUGAGCUGGUCAUACCAGACUAAGUCAGGCUGUAGCAGUAAAAUCCUAAAACGUGUAAUGGUGUGUUGUAAUGCGUCUUUGUGCAAGGACAAAAGUGUACUUUGUCUUUUGAAAGUUGUACAGUGUUGCUUAAAAGGCCAUACAAGUUGCAUAUAUGAAAUGUUGGUCAAAAGGGGGAUAUGCAAACUGUGACAUAAGACCUAAGUGCUGUUGAAUGCCACUGAAGUUAAUAGAAGCCAAAUAAAUUCUGCAAUGUGAGAAUGAUAGAAGGGGUGUUAUUGUCAUAAGGUAGAUAGUAGGCUAUAUAAAACUUCAGUUUGACUGAAAUAUCUUACUUUUCCUUUGACACUAAUGACUCCUCUACUGUUCUGCUCCAAGAUACUUUUUCAGGAAGUCGGUUUUUAUGUGUCACUUACCAGGAUGAAUGCUUGAAGUUUAAUCAUUACAAACUGCAUGUGCUCUCAUUUGUGUAACACAGUGUCUUAUAACUGCUCUUUAGCUAAAAGGAAGAUACCUUUUAUUAGGUGCUAAAUAUUUUAUGCUCUCUCUCAGGUAACAGCUUUCUCAGGCUGUGUCUAGUCAUUAUCUGUAAUGUGCUUUGCUGACUCUGAACACCACUUGUGAUAGUAUAACAUCCGAUACACUGACCUACACAACAAGAGCAUCCCUUUACAAAGCUUGGAUUUCUGAGCACAUUUUGUUAAUAUGACCGUUUUGUAACAGCAGUAAUAGCUCCUGUGCCAAAUGUUAAGAAUUACUCCUGCAGAAUAUGCUGUUUUGGUUAUUAUUGCCGUAUUGUUAUAUUCAGUAUUGUACAUUUCUUAUGUAAUAUUAUUGGUGAGUUAACCCUUGAUGAGCAAUAACAUGGUCAACAGUGUCUCAUAAAUGCUUUAUCUUCUAACAUAUUCAGCCAUGAUAUUUGUGGGGUUCCCCCCCACUAUGUAGCUGAAAACAUCUUAUAAGAAACAUUUUUGGUUUUUUACAGUUUUAGGCCAAAGUGCAUUGGUAACAUCAUGUAUCUCAACAUAUAGCGACAAACCUGAUAAUGAGUGACAUCUCUCCUGACUCUGAUAAAGGAUAAUAGUAAAGUAUAACUGGGCUACAAGUUGCUCUGUUUUUACUCUGGAUUAUGAAUCCCACACCUGACAUUACAGUUACUGUGUUUAAUGAUGUUCAUUUUUGACUUUCAGUGCUUUCUGGUAAUUAAUUUUUUUUAGAUUAAUUCUGAUGGGUUUUGAAGCUUCAAUUAAAAAAAAAAUUGCCUGAUGAUGGUGCAGUUUUCCCGUUUAGCAAUAUUAGUUAUAACCCCAUGCUGACACUCAGUGGGUUUUGGCAUGUGGCUUCCAUGUUGCCCCUGCCGGAUUUUGUUUGUGCCUUUUGAUGGUUUCAUCAUAGCAGUACUACCUAUUUAUAACACUUCACAGUCAGCACCUGGGCUAGGCCAAUCUCUAAGGCUAUUUCUGUCUCAGAGGGUCUUGUUUUAUGGUGUGACUUAGCAGCUUUAUUUUGGACUGAAUGUUUCUUUGUGGCUCUUUUUACCCAGUGUGUGCUGUCUGCCUCAAGUUACUGUAACUGAAGAUUGGCACCAUUUGCAUGUGAUUAAAGGGUGGCAGUAAUUUUAGCAAGAGUGCAUAUUUGUUGUCAUUUUGUAUCAAUGUAUCAGAAAAUAAACUUUUGGCAAAUG